UGUGCUAGCGACUGCACUGUCGCCUCCCUCCACAUCAGAUGAGUUUUUUUCCCCCUCAGUUGCCCUUAGGGAGCGCUUUCUACACUGUAUGGAAGUAAACUCUCAUUCAGUAUGAGAAAAGCUCUCAGGACAUAUGUUUUACUUCUGACUGUUGGGUCCUGUGCUCUGACUGCAGGCCCCAAUGGAGAAAAAGGUGACACUGGACUCAAUGGCCAGAAAGGAAUUCCUGGACUUCCUGGGCUCAAAGGAGAAAAAGGAGACCUUGGAAAUACUGGUCCACCAGGACCUCCAGGUGUGAGAGGACCUCAUGGUUUCAAUGGAUCUGAGGGUCUCGCUGGACCACAAGGUGCCAAAGGGGAAAAGGGAGAACAAGGAAACGAGUUGAGCAUUCGUCUUGUCCCGGGGAAAUAUCGAGGACGAGUGGAGGUUAAGCACAACAAUGACUGGGGCACCAUUUGUGACGACAACUUUGACAUGGUGGAUGGCAAAGUGAUCUGUAAGAUGCUGGGCUUUCAAUCCGUCAUUUCCACCUUCACCGCCACCCCAGGCUCUGGUAAGAUCUGGCUGGAUGACCUGCGGUGCACAGGAGAAGAGUCUGACAUCUUUGGCUGCCAGCACAGUGGAGCUGGCGUUCACAACUGUGACCACAGUGAGGACGCUGGAGUGCAGUGUGUCUAGACUGUGUUUAAGCUGUUUACACAUUCAGAUGUGAUAAACACAGAGUGUGCAUAUAUAUUAGAUGGCAAAAGUACUAUUGCCAAGUACAUUUACUCAAGUGCUGUACUUGAAUACAGAUGUGAGGUAUGCAUACUUUUUAUUUUUUCAUUUUGUGCUAGUUUCUGCUUUGCACACUAGAAUAUAAAACAGCUAGAAUCAGUUUCACGUUCACCCCAACUAUAAAAUUAAACUGCUGUUUCCAUAUGUACGCAUUAGUAAUGAGAAUCCACUGGCAUAAUAAAUAACAGUAUAAUCCUGACAGAGUAAUUUAGCCUACAUGGUGGGUACAUUAAGAAACAAAAAUAAAAAAACAUACAUGCUUUUACCUAAGUACAGAUAUGAAUGCAUUUUUUUUACUUGUAGCAGAUUGUUUUUACAAGAAAAUGACUGGACACAUCACAUGCACACAUCUCACCAGGGAUAUCGGCAGAGAUCUAAAACUUCAAUGAACUAAUUCAGAUUUUAUCACAUGAACACAUGAACUAGAAUGGUAGUGUGCUGUGAACAAAAUCUCUUGCAAAUAAAACUUACCAAGAGUAACA